AUGUCAAAAGAAGAAAUAGAUAUUUUAUAUAGUAAAAAAGGUCAAUUAAUAUCAUUAAAUGGAUUUCUAUCAACAAGUCGAAAACAAGAAAUUGCUAAUUGUUACUCGAAAGAAGUUAUUUUUAUAAUUCAAACAACAUUUAAUUUAUCUUAUGGAUGUUUUGCACAUGUUGCAUCUAUGAGUCAAUUUCCACAUGAAGAUGAAGUUUUAUUUGAUCUUGCAUCCGUUUUUAAAAUUAUUGAUAUUAAAUAUGAUGAAAUAAAUGGUAAAUGGAAUAUUUAUUUGAUAACAACAGAUGAAGGAACUAAUGUUGUACAAGCAUAUAUAAAUUCAAUUAAAAUUGAAGCAAAUGAAAUAAAUAUUGAUUUUAUUUUUGCUAGAUUAUUAAUACAAAUAGGAGAAUAUAAUCUUGCACAUGAUUAUUUAAAUAAAUUGAUAACAAUCAUAUCUGAUGAAAAUGAAACUCGUGAUUUAGCACUUAUCUAUUAUUAUAAAGGUUUAAAUUUAUAUCGUGAAGGAAAUUAUUCUCAAUCUAUGAUUGAAUAUGAAAAAGCACUUGUUAUUCAACGUAAAAUAUUUCCUAAUGGUCAUUCAGAUUUAGGUGAAACAUUAGGUGGUAUUGGUUUAUUAUAUGAUAAUAUGGGAAAAUAUGAAUUAGCAUUAGAAAAACAUCUUGAAUGUUUAUUAAUAAGCGAAAAAAUACUUUCAAAAGAUCAUGUACAUAUUGCUGAAGCAUUAAAUAAUAUUGGUCUAUGUUAUGAUCGUUUGGGUAAAUUUGAAUUAGCAUUAGAAUAUGAUAUUCGGGCUUUAGAAAUGAAACAACGUCUUUUUCCACAUAAUCAUCCAGAUAUAGCAACAAGUUUAAGUAAUAUUGGUUUAGCAUAUUAUAAUCAUUAUAAUUUUGAACAAGCACUUGAUUAUCAUCAACGAUCAUUAGCUAUGAAAGAACAAUGUUUACCAUCAAAUCAUCCUGAAUUAGCUGUAUCAUAUUGUAAUCUUGGUCUUGUUCAUUUAGCUUUAAAUCAUUAUGAUAAAGCACUUAUUUAUUAUAUGCGAGAUUUAUCUAUGAGUGAAAAAACACUUCCUUCAGAUCAUUCGGAUAUCGGUAUAACUCAUCAUAAUCUAGGUAAAAUUUAUCAAGCAAAAGAAAAAGGAAGUCAUUUAGCAUUGAAACAUUAUCAAAAAGCUAUUGAUAUUUAUAUGAAAAGUUUACCACGUCAACAUCCAUAUAUUGGCAUGUCAUUAAUGUAUAUAGGAGAAAUUUUAUGUGAUCAAAAUAAUUUAGAAUGUGCACUUCAAUAUGCAGAAGAAGCUUUUCAUAUUCUUGAAGCAACACUUUCUGAAGAACAUCGACGACGUGCUGAAUCAACAUAUAUAUUAGCAAAAGUUUGUAAAAAAUUGAAUCAAAUUGAUAAAGCAUUAGAAUACGCAUAUAAAGCGCAUCAUAUUCAAUUGAAAACUCUUGAUAUUGAUCAUAAAGAAGUACAAAAAACAUUGGAAUUAAUUAAAAGUAUUAAAAUAAUGAAAAAUGUUUGA